GUAACUACAAAAUUUAAACAAAUAGCAACCUACAAACAAUCAACUAUUAGCUGACUUCAAAUAAAAACAAAGAAUGUUUCAAGCACCAGAUUAUACACAUACUGUGUCAGUGAGACUGUCAGAGGUUCUUGCUGAUAUAGGAGUAGAUGAGAGAAUUAUAUUGAGGAGAAGAAAAACAUGGAUGCUGGUAGAAUCUAUGCGUUAUUGUGCAGGAAUACUACGAAACUUACAUUCCAAGUAUUACUAUUUAGGUAGUCAGACAGAAGGAUCAACUACACUGGGACUUGAAUCAGACACUGACUUACUUAUGUGUAACAAUAAAUGUAAAAUAGUACAAAACUGGGGUGAAUGGCAACCUGGUUUAACAAAUCUAUUGAUGAUUCAGGAUGAGACUGUACCACCUGGUUACUGUUUGCUACAACAUCUGAGGGACGACGCUCCUCUUCCGCACCAUAUUUUAUGUAAUGGUAACUUUGUCCGAGACAAGACUGGAAGAAUAUUACUAAGUAAUACAAUAUUGUCUUCAUCAAUGGUAGCAGAAGCAUAUAAUCUUCCAGGAGAAUACAAUGGUCCAGCAUUUACACAACCUGGACAAUCUGGGGUUUAUUUUGACGUAGACCAUGUUCUUGCUUUACCCUGUAAAACAUGGCCUCUACAAGCUCAACAAUGGUUAAACCAGCAAGGUGUAGGUCAGUGGCCUUCAGAUGAGAUGAUAAAAUAUUUUAGAAACACUGGAUGUUUUGUUGUUGGAGCAGAAAGUAAGGGCAGCGAAAAUGAAGAGACUGAAUGGAGAAUAUCAACAUCUCUAGCAGAAAGGUGUUUGAUGUUUAAUCUCAAUAUCACACAGAUUCGAUGCUAUGUUUUGAUGAAGAUGAUAUUAAAAAGUCACAUUAAGCCUUACUAUGAAGGUACCAUUACCAGUUUCAUGUGUAAAACAGUUCUGUUCAAACUAAUUGCAAAUACAAAUCCUAAUUUCUGGAGAGAAACAAACUUAAUUGUUUGUCUAUCACUGUGCUUAUUUGCCCUAUACGACAGUGUGUUGAAUGAAAACUGUCCACAUUUCAUCAUACCUGGGAACAAUUUGAUGGCAGGACAUAUUGCUCAUGAAUCUAAACCUCACAUUCUUGAAAUACUUCAGGAUAUUAUUAACAGUAAAGGAAAAAGAUUACUACAAAUUAAAUGUGAUGAUCUUGGUGCAAGGCUUCAGCAGAAGUUGAAUAAUUUAUCCUUAUUCAAAACAAGUGACAUUGUUUCAGGAGACUUAUUAAAAUUAGCUGCAGAAGGUAUUACUGAUCACAUAGAUUUUUGUCUAUUUUGUAUUAGCAACAGCAGUUAUGACGUAGCUAUACAAACAUUACUGAAGUAUAUUUUCGAACUUGUUACUAUUUUUAAUCAAUCUGAAGGAAUGGAUAAAACAGCUUGCAGCCUUCUUGCACCACGAUUCUGCACAACACUGGGAUCUAUCCUGGCCUCCCUCAACAUUCAACAGCACAAUGGUAUAUCAGCAGAAGCUCUAACAUGGGUUUCACUGGGUCUGAACACAGAUGUUGCAUCUAGUAAACUGAAGCUAGCAUCCAUGUAUUACUGUAUAGGGGAUUAUCACAGAACAGAAAUUGCGCUCAGAGACAUUGAAAGAAGAUAUGAUCAAAACAUUGUUGAGCCUAUUUGUUUUUGUUAUGAUUUCAUCCAUGAAGCACGGAGAAGAGGAUUCAAUGAAAUAUCUGACAAUCAUAAUGAAGAAGCUCUACAAUAUGCUACAGCAUCCUGUGUCAGAUUUCUGCCGUGUGAAAUUAACUGCAUUCCAGCAGAAUUAUGGUACGAAAUGUUCAGAUCUACAGGAGAGGACCAUGCUUUCAGAGGUCUACUAGAUAACUGGAUGGACUGGGCAGUGAUUGACUCCCUUCCUUACCUGUAUUUUCUACAAUACCAGACCUACCGCUAUCUUGGGAGACAAGAUAACAAGCACAGAGCACUUUCCAAUCUUAUCAGGACCAUUGACCAGGAACCAAACCUUGGACACAGGGAAACAGCCCUAAAUCUACUAGGACAGUGUAUGGAACAAGAGGACCGACUAAUUGACGCUUUACAUUGUUAUCUAUUAUCCCUCGAUCUAAGGGGAAGAAACAAUUCUGCAAAGAUCCAUAUAUGUAGACUUCUAUCUGCUAUGGUAAAUCACCAGGCAGGAACAAUGUUUUGAAAGAUAGUGUCACCUCAGUGCAAACACCAGAUAACAAAUAUUGUUUUCACAAAUUGACUUUUUUCUCACUAAUGUGUUCAAAAUACUAAUAUACAUGCCCAGUAAAAUUAGCAUGGUCACUUUUAAUUAUUUUUUUAUGAUUUUGUAAAAACUGAAAAACGGGAUGUAAAUUCAUUGUAUCUGAGCAAUUUUAUAUUAAUUGUAUUUGUGCUGUCUUUUCAUUGUAUUUUAUUUAUUUAAAUAAUAUCACUUAGUAAAAAAUGUAUAACAAUAUUCUGCAAAUUAUUUAAUGAAAUAGAACUUGAUGUUAUGUGUGUCUUUGUAAAGUCACAAUAUGUACGUCAUCAUUUAAAUUUAUGCACAUCUGUUUUCAUCACUAA